GGCUAUGACUACAGCCGGAGUGGGAACCCUACCCGGAAUUGCCUGGAGAAGGCUGUGGCAGCACUAGAUGGAGCUAAAUACUGUUUAGCUUAUGCUUCUGGCUUAGCUGCUACUUUGAAUAUCACUCACCUGUUAAAGGCAGGGGACACCAUUAUCUGCAUGGAUGAUGUCUAUGGAGGCACAAACAGAUACUUCAGGAACGUCGCCAUGAAAAUGGGUUUGAAUGUAGUUUUUGUUGACUGCUCAAAAGUGAAAUGCCUGGAAGCUGCAAUUACACCAGAGACCAAGCUCGUUUGGAUCGAAACGCCCACGAACCCCACGCUGAAGGUCAUUGACAUUCAGGCCUGUGCAGAUGUUGUCCACAAGCAUAAAGAUGUCCUUCUAGCAGUAGACAACACUUUUAUGUCUGCAUAUUUCCAGCGUCCUUUGUCCCUGGGGGCUGAUAUCUGUAUGUAUUCUGCAACCAAGUACAUGAAUGGGCAUAGUGAUGUUGUGAUGGGGCUGGUUUCAGUGAACUGUGAUGACCUCUACGAAAGGCUCAAAUUCUUACAAAACUCUCUCGGGGCUGUUCCCUCUCCCUUCGACUGUUACCUGUGCAACCGGGGUCUGAAGACGUUACAGAUCCGGAUGAAGCAACACUUCCACAAUGCUCUGGCUGUUGCUAGGUUCCUGGAGGCACAUUCCAGAGUGGAGAAGGUCAUCUUCCCAGGCUUGCCUUCCCACCCCCAGCAUGAGCUGGUCAAGAGGCAGUGUACUGGUUGUCCUGGCAUGGUCACCUUUUACAUCAAAGGGAGCCUCAAACAUGCUGCUGCCUUUCUCAAGAAUUUAAAGGUUUUUGCUCUGGCCGAGAGCCUGGGUGGAUAUGAAAGCCUAGCAGAGCUUCCGGCUGUCAUGACUCACUCUUCAGUGCCUAAAGAAGACAGAGAAAUUCUUGGAAUCAGUGACACACUGAUUCGCCUGUCAGUGGGUUUGGAAGAUGAAGAAGAUUUACUGGAAGACCUAGACCAGGCCCUGGAAGCUGCAGUAAGUUUUUCUCUCUCUUGUUUGUGUGUUUGUUUGUUGUUCACAGCCCACAAGGCUUGA